AUGGGGAAGGGGGUGCCCCAGGCCGGCCAGCAGACUUCGAAACGACAACCGGACGCCGGCGGGGUCGGAUGGGUUUCGGCACAGGGCGCGCCUGACGCACAGACGCGCCCCACAGGCGCCCAGGGGGCUCCCGCCCCCAGGACCCCGCCACCCCAACCCCAAACCACCGCCACCGACCCGCCACCGCCAACCACCCAGCCCGGCGCGGCACGGAGGGGGGGGGCGCGACGCCGCAAAAGCCCUCCCCCCCACACGGCGCCGCCCCCGCACGGGUGGCCGGGAGCCACCGUGACGAGAACCAACGCCGGCGGGCGGGAGGAGGCGCGCGGCCCUCCCCCCCCGGCCGGUCGGACGGGGUACCUGGAGCAAGAGAGCCAGAGGAGAGGCGAGGACAGGACACACGCGGCCGGGGCCGGAGGUAGCGGGGCAAGCGGGGCCGCCGUGGGCCGCGCGGCACAGCGAGGCGAGGCGAGGGUCGGGACGCACGGGGCUGAGGUCGCCGCACGCCCCCCCCCCGCGGGGCUCGGCCGCCACGCCCCCGGACCUCCAGAGGGCGGGGACCAGGGGUUCGAGACGGGCACGCCGGAGCCAACCCACGGAGGCACGCACGGCACGCCGCCGGCACCGCCAACACCUCAGCAAGCCAGGCCCGCGAGCCACGGGCCCCACAGGCACGGCAACAACCGCCGCCCGCUCCCUCCGACGCGCGACACGCGCCGCCCGCCCUUCCGCUCCCCGGCAGGCACAGGCAACGAGACAACACACGGCGGGAGGGGGAAAAGAGAGAAGCUGCUGCACUGCACCCCCGACCGAGGGCGGGGAGGGGAAAAGGGGGAGCGAGGGACGCACGACGGCAGCGGCGACGCGCUUGCCGGCGGUGCCCCAGACCCCGACGACCCCGGGGAGGCACGGCGGGGGAACCUCCCCCCCAACGCGGCAACCACCCCCCCCCGAGGAGGGGAGACCGUGGGGAGGAGGGGCCAGGCCCCCCGACGCCACCCCGAGGCGGGGACGGGGCAGCCGCCGACGCGGCCACCGCCGCCGCCGCCACGCGGCUUCACUGCCCCCGAUGUCCCCGGCAAGAUCCCCGGACCCGCCGGCACCGAGACACACAACACACACAGCUCCUCCUGCCUUCCCCCCGGGCGCGGGCACAGCGACUACCAUCGAAAGUUGAUAGGGCAGACGUUCGAAUGGGUCGUCGCCGCCACGGAGGGCGUGCGAUCGGCCCGAGGUUAUCUAGAGUCACCAAAGCCGCCGGCGCCCGCCCCACGCGGAGCAGGGCCGGGGCGUCCCGCCGACCUCGGGAGCGCGACCGACGGUGGCGUCCUGACCGACCGACCGCCUGCCGGCGGGUGCCGGCCUUCCGCCCCGCGAGAGGCGGCGGCGGCCGGCAAGCAGGAGCUCGCAGAAACUCGACCAGCCCCGCGGGCGGGCAGACACCGGCGAGCGGAGGCGACAACGGCGGCGGGGGAUGACGGGGAGGAGAGGCGCAGGAGGGACGACCGGAGGGGGGCGGCGAGAGCCCCCCCCACCGGCCUGACCCCACCCCCGACAACCCCUCGCCCUCACCAGCCUACCUCCCCACGACCGGGCGGACAGAGGAGCGGAGCUCCCGACACGGCGAGGUCGCCAACACCACGCGAGAGCCAACCUGAGAAGCCAGCGGGGGAGACCGGCACCACGGGCCGUCUCGACGUCGCGACCGCCUCCCGCCCGCACGUGCCGACCUCGGCGGGGGUGGCUGGGGAUGGCGCGAGGGCGCGGGAGCCGGGGCCGGAGCCCCGUCCCCGCCCACGCACCACCAGCCAACCGCCACCACACCACUCCCCGCCGGGGUGGGACAGCGGCAGCCAGCGACCCGACCUCACCGACCUCAACCCCCGCGCACACGCGCCGCUCCGACAAGCCGACCCGCCGGCAGCCACGCCACCGGCCACCGCCGCCCGACGGGGCAGGGCGGCGCGACACACGGGAAGGAGCCCGAGCGCCUUCCCCGACGGCCGCAGCGGGACCCGGGGAGCGAAGCACCACAGGGUCACGGAGACCCGGGACCGGGACACGGAUGAAGAGCGAGAUUGGAGACGCACACAGCAGGCGCGGCAGCAGGAGCCGCCCCGGCCAGCGAGCGAGGCCUGA